CAGAGCUGUGCAGUUUCUUUUCUGUGUGAUUUGUCUGGUGCGCUGCAGCCCGGAGCAGAGCUCCACAAAGAGAAAGAAUGGCAAAAAAAGAGUCGAACAGUGCUGCUAUCGAGGAGCUGAAGAAACAGAUUGAGCAGAUUGCGCAGGAUCUGAAUCUGCUUAAGGAACAAGAAGCUUUACAAACAGUUUGCUUAAAAGGCAUUAAGAUCCCAGGCAAGUGUUUUCUCGCGGACACGACGAAGAAGAGCUUUCACGCCUCUAACGAUGACUGCACUGCUAAAGGAGGAACACUCAGCAGCCCUCUUUCUGGCGACGAGAAUGACCAGCUGUACAAUUAUGUGCAACAGACCGUCGGGCCAGAAGGGCACAUCUGGUUGGGUGUGAAUGACAUACUAAAGUAGGGCGAGUGGACCGACCAGACGGGCUCACCGAUACGCUUCAAGAACUGGGAAUCAGAGAUCACCCAUCACCCCGAUGGAGGCCGCGGCCAGAACUGUGCCAUCCUGUCCAGCACGGCCAACGGGAAGUGGUUCGACGAGGACUGCCGUGGAGAAAAGGCGUCUGUCUGCCAGUUCAACAUCGUCUAAGCCACAUUCUAUAGAAUGAUGGAUUAGACAUUAGACAUUUUCAGUAGAAUGUGUAGCAAAAAUUUCAGUUAAAGG